CCUCCUCCUCUGUCAAAGGGAAACUGAACUUUUAGAGGGAGAAAGUGGAGAGAGAAGCUAAUGCGUUAAUUCUCCGUGGCGGUUUCGUGAUUUGAUCUCCGGCGUUGUCGUCUUCGUUUCUCGCUGGAGCUUUGAUCCUUGAGUCUUUUGCUUCACAGGGAGAGGCAGUGUUCUCAAGUUGCAUUCGGGCCAUGGGAAGCAACAGCGAGGAGCCAAAAGCUGCCAAGUCUGAUAAAUCAUCCCCGCCUCCUGCACCUGCGGAUCAGACGAACGUCCAUGUGUACCCUGAUUGGAACGCUAUGCAGGCAUACUAUGGUCCGAGAGUUGCUGCUAUUCCUCCUUAUUACAAUUCAGCUGUUGUGGCAUCUGGACAUCAUCAUCCUCCUCCACCACCUUACAUGUGGGGUCCUCAGCCUAUGAUGUCCCCGUAUGGAGCAUCCUAUGCGGCACUUUACUCUCAUGGAGGAGUAUACGCCCAUCCUGGAGUUCCUAUGGGUUCACUACCUCCGGGCCAGAAGGUUCCACCCUCAACAGCUUCCGGGACGCCUUUGAGCAUCGAUGCUCCUACCAAAUCUACCGGAAACACAGACAACGGUCUGAUGAAGAAGCUGAAAGAGUUUGAUGGGCUUGCAAUGUCUAUUGGAAAUGGUCAUGUCGAGAAUGCUGAGGGUAGGGCUGAACAUAAACGGUCGUUGAGCCCGGAAACUGAAGGUUCAUUUGGAGGGAGUGAUGAGAAUACAAGUGGGGCGGAUCAACCAAAAAUUAAGAGGAGUCGGGAGGGAACGCCCUCAAAAGAUGAGAGACAUUUCUCUCAGUCCAGCCCAGUUUCUUCUGUUUCUCCCGACAGAAAACCUGUUACAGGAGCUGUCCUGUCUCCGGGUGCUAGUGCCAAGUCCAAUCACUGCCCUUCACAAUCUCUGGCCAUUGUUCCUUCUGAAUCCUGGCUUCAAAAUGAUAGAGAACUGAAACGGGAGAGAAGGAAGCAAUCUAAUAGAGAAUCUGCUAGAAGGUCAAGAUUAAGGAAACAGGCUGAAACCGAAGAGCUUGCCAGGAAAGUCGAAGCCUUGACAGCUGAAAAUAUAGCUCUCAGAUCAGAAAUAAACCAACUAUCUGACAAAUCCGAGAAACUUAGAGUAGAAAAUGCAACCUUGGUGGAGAAGCUGAAAGGUUCAGAGCUCGGGACUAACCCGGAGAGAGGAUCGAGCAACGACGAAGAGAACAGAGUCUCAGGUGUUAACACAGAGAAUCUACUCUCGAGAGUGAACAGCUCAGGACAGGGAGACAAUGAUCCAAACUCCAACGGUAAACUGCAUCAACUACUGGACACGAGCCCUCGAGCCAACGCUGUAGCCGCAGGCUAAUAUUAACCAGGUGAAGAAUCAUUCUAACAGUGUAGUAGGAGGGUGAGGGGGGGGGGGGAAGGGGGGAGCAUCAUAAUAAACUGGAGAGAGAGAGAGAGAGAGAUUUGAUAGGAGGUUGUGUGAUGUUGUUGUCGGCUAAGUAAAAAGGCUUUCCUUGUUGCAGUAACUGAUGUAAUUUUAUGGAAGAUCAGUGUUGUGUGUGCUUGGUUAAAGCCUUCUUUAAUCUCUUUUUUUAUUUUUUGGGUUUUAGUUGGGGUUUGUGUAAAUCGUAAUAUUAUCUGUAAGAGAACAGAACAUGUUACAGCAGCAUUAGAGAUUGUUGUCCGGACCAGAUUUAAUGAUUAAAAAGAAAACUCGGUUGUAUUGA